AUGCCACCAAAGAAAGCCAAAGCACCGGCAGUACAGUCCCUGCAGGGGUACGCUAUCGCUAUCGGGACAAACACGAUCCCUAAAGGACUUCUCGGUGGCAAGUCACUUACUGAUGUCAAGGAUGAGAUUGGCGUCAAUGGAGGAUCUUAUGUCACCAAAGUGCAUGAAUGCACCCACCUCGUUGUCACAGAAGCACAAUAUAGCAAGCCUGUUGGCAAGGUCGACGAAGCCAAGACUGACCCUAAUAUUCAUAUAGUCAGCUAUGAGUGGCUUGAAAAAUCUCUGUCUGCCAUAGCUCCUGUGGAUUCUUCAAUCUACUCUUACCGAAAUCAAUCUAGUUCAGUCAAAGACACCACGACCGAUACUCACGCAAAAAGCACGAAGGCCAGUGAUGGAGGCCAAAAUGACACCAGUGACGACCAGGCGCCCUCCAAAAAGCGAAAACGUGACAGUGAUGUCGACGGAGCACAGAAAAAGAUAGCCACUGGCGACGAGAAGGCUAUGAAUGUAACUAAGCAACUCGAUAUGAAAAUUCCACUUGACGAGGGAUUUGCCUCUGCAUUUGGUACCAAGUUCACUGUUCACAUCGACGAAGAUAGUGUCAUUUACGAUGUAACUCUCAAUCAGACCAACUCAGGUGCUAAUGCCAAUAAAUUUUAUCGAAUGCAACUCUGGCAUGACGGGAUGGGCAGAUGGUAUACCCCAACACGCUGGGGACGAGUGGGUGAGACUGGUCAAUUAAAGAUGGCUGCCGACGCCACGACUUACAACAACGCACUCGCCGAGUUCAAGAAGAAAUUCAAAGAUAAGACAGGAAAUUCAUGGGAAGAACGAUCUACCGGCUCCAUCAAGAAGGGCAAAUAUGCCUUCAUCGAGAGGUCAUACGAAGACACGGACACUGAAGGCGAGAAUGAACUUCCAGGUGCAGAGAAGAGGAAGGAAGAAGACAACAAGGAUGCGAAGCCCGACAAGGAGAUGUACGAAAGCAAACUGCCAGAACCGGUACAACGCCUACUGAAGCUCAUUUUCAAUCAGGACAACUUUCAGUCCGUGUUUGAUGACCUUCAGUACGACGCGAAGAAGAUGCCUCUAGGUAAACUGAGUAAAAAUUCUCUUAUGAGAGGCUAUGCGGUACUGAAAGAGCUUGCAUCGCUGGUAGGCAACUCUGGAGACCACGAUGACAUCCAGGACCUUUCCAACCAAUACUUGUCCCUUGUCCCUCACGUCAUCAGUCGAAGCCAGCGACCACCUGUCCUCGAUCACAUGGACAAGAUCAAGAGGGAAUUAGAGCUUCUAGAAGCCCUGACGGACAUGCAGAUUGCAAAUGACCUAAUCAAAAAAUCCAGCCAGAGCAAAGAAGAGGUCAACUUGCUCGACCAACAAUAUGAGAAACUGGGUAUGCAGGAGAUGGAACCUGUCAAAGCUGGAACAGAGGAGUACAUGCAGCUCGAGAGCUAUCUUACAAAGUCUGUUGGUCACACACACGGCACACGGUAUAAAGUUCAGGUCAGUAUCCCUGUAAAUCCUCAAGAAGGCCCCAAUCAGCAUACUUUUCGACCGCUUACCCAGUACGUCCGAGUUAACAUUGAACAGGACAUCUUCCGCAUAGAACGAAAUGGGGAGCAUGAGAGAUUCGACAAUUCCGAGUAUGCCAAAGUCCCGAACAAGAAUCGGCGGCUUCUAUGGCAUGGCAGUCGAGCUACAAAUUUCGGUGGAAUUCUUUCUCAAGGCUUGCGCAUCGCUCCACCAGAGGCUCCUGUCAGUGGAUAUAUGUUCGGUAAAGGUGUCUACCUUGCAGAUAUGUCUAGCAAGUCUGCAAAUUACUGCUGCGCUGGGAGUUCAGGAGGCACGGGUCUGCUUCUACUCUGCGAAGCUGAGCUAGGCGAACCACCACUGAAAUUGACUGACGCCGACUACAAUGCUGGGGAUCGUGUCAAACAAGAGAAUUGUUUGUCGACUUUAGGCAUGGGUCGAACGACUCCUCAAGCAUGGAAGGAUGCGAGUUGCCUGCAUCCUAGCUUGAAAGGUGUCAGCAUGCCCGACGUUGUGUCUGUCAAGCCCGGACCCAAUAGAGCUGGAGGACAAUGGUUACAAUACAACGAGUACAUUGUCUAUGAUGUUGCUCAAAUCAAGCUGAGGUACCUUUUCCGUGUGCAGAUGUAG